CGGCUGUGUGAGUGUGUGUGUGUCCGGCUGUGUGAGUGUGUGUGUGUCCGGCUGGGUGAGUGUGUGUGUGUCCGGCUGUGUGAGUGUGUGUGUCCGGCUGGGUGAGUGUGUGUGUCCGGGCUUUGUGCUCGGAGUUGUGGAGUCGGAGUUGAGGCGGAUGGUGGAUCAUGUUGACUCAGUGCGUGUGUGGCCGUGUCGGAGUGUGUUAGAGAGCGCAGUGUGUGUGUGAGCGGAGUCACAGCGGAGAACAGGCUGAGUUUAAAACAGCGCGAUGGUAACGGAGAAUGACGCCGAUAUGACGGCGGGAAAUGCUUUAAAGAUGAGCUCAUUCAGCACACGGGCCCUGACGCUCCUCUCCUCCGUGUUCGGGGCAUGCGGGCUGCUCCUGGUGGGUGUUGCUGUGUCGACGGACUACUGGCUGCUGAUGGAGGAGGGCAUUGUUCUGCAGCAGAACCAGACCACAGAGGUGAAGAUGGCACUGCACUCCGGCCUCUGGAGGGUCUGCUUUGUGGCUGGACCAGAGAAGGGGAGAUGUGUGGCGUCAGAAUAUUUCACUGAGCCAGAAAUCGAGAUCACGACAGAGAACACAGCAAAUAUACUGAAAAUGGUGAGGACAGCAACCCCCUUCCCCAUGGUUUCCCUCCUCUUUGUCUUCACGGCCUUUGUCAUCAGCAACAUCGGCCACAUCCGGCCACAGCGCACCAUCCUAGCAUUCGUCUCGGGAAUAUUCUUCAUUCUGUCAGGUUUGAGUCUGGUGGUGGGUCUGGUGCUGUACAUUUCCAGUAUAAAUGAUGAGGUGAUGAACAGGCCGAGGGAGCCGGAGCAGUUUUUCCACUACCACUAUGGCUGGUCCUUCGCCUUUGCUGCCAGUUCUUUCCUGCUCAAAGAGGGUGCUGGCGUGAUGUCGGUCUACCUCUUCAUGAAGCGUUACGCUGAGGAAGAGAUGUACCGGCCCCACCCGGCUCUCUAUCGCCCCCGCCUUUCAGAGUGCAGUGACUACAGUGGCCAGUACCUGCACCCUGAGUCCUGGCCCCCUCCUCAGCGCGGCCGCAGCGCGUCUGAGGUGUCCAGUGACAUCUCCAUCCAGCUCAACCAGACCUCCCCACCGUCAGGGCCCAAAAGCGGCCUGACCUCCAACCCCCCGUCCUCGUCAGGCCCGUCCUCCGCGGCCAGCUACCACCUCCAGCCCGCAAGCUCCUCCUCCUCUUCUUCCUACCCACACACCCUUCACUCCUCACAUUCCGGAGGCCCCGUCCCCCAGUCCCUCCCGAUGGCCACGCCCCCAUCGGCUGUGCCGCCUCCUCACUACCACACACACAUGAGGAUGAGCGCUUCGCCCUGCUAGAUGGAGGGGAGCGCAGCACACAUACACACACAUUGAUGCACACAUACAGUACACAGCAGAGGAGGUGGGAGGUCAAAGAAAGGGCAAAGGGAGGGCUUUUCUCAAGGCUCAAGUGUGAAAAAAACAUGGGCAAGAAAGGGGAGGGGUGGUGAAAUAAGCUAAAGGAAAAAGAGAGGAAGGUUAGGCCAAAAAAAGAUGUGAGACAUAGCAGGAAGUGGGGGGAGGGGGGUUCAUUUUUAACUUUGUGCCUGAGAUUGACUGCAACUGACAUUUCAACACAUUAUCUGAACUAGACAAAGCGACAGGGGGAAUGAGCCAAGGUUAGCGUGACAGUAACAUUGUAGGGGGAGAGAAAAAGAAAAGAUGCAAAGCAAUCAAAACAUUAAAAACAAAUGAAAUAAUAAUUGAAUAAUGACUGAUAACCUUAUGAAUCGUUGUACCUUUUAGCAACAUUUUUCUCUCCUCCCUGAUAUCUCGAGGACUUGUUUCCCAUCCUCGUCAUUAUUAUUUGUAUUACCUAUUUCUUGUUUGUAUUGAAAGCAAGGGGAUAUAUGAAUGUAGCCAUGACAAAAACAGCACUGACAAACAAAAUCCCACGGACAAGGCCUAUUUAACCACAACUGCUAAAAACUGUAUAUAAUGUAUCAUAGCAGACCCAUUCCAGAGGGGGGCCAGCCAUUUAAAUGACAUAUCCAGGUCUCCAGAUCUCUGCCACUGUUUUAUUCUUUGUGCCUUGGCACACUGAGUCCACCAGUGAGCUCCUGGUUUCACUUUUAUCUCUAAUUUGCAACAGAUUGAGUGCUCAGAAGAGCUGGCUGGUAAUUGCCCCAUUCGGAAUCAUUAUGCUCAGCUCCUUGGUGUUGCUGCGUUCAGUAUGCUUGGUGUUUUCUUGUGCUGUCACCUUCAUAUGCAAAGGCGCCCAGGAUGCGUCUCAAAAUGUUUACUUUUAUCUGUAGCAGGGGCUGCCCUUUCAGUUGGGACUGAGUUUACAGGUUCAUGUGCAGCAUUGAAUGAUGCAAUGACUUCUGCUGUUCUGCUAUUAAUAUCGGUCCUAUUCUUACUAUUCUUGCUAUUACUUAUAGUGCUAUUCUACUACCACUAGUAUUAUUAAAUCUUAUCUAUUGUGUCAUAUUAUUAUGUAAGUAAUACAGUAUGGGAUUUGUGGAGAAUAAGCAUGAUAGACUGAGGGGAAAAGAUUUAGUGGACUGAAUUAGUUUUUAGACUGAGCAUCAUGGAUAGAAAUUCCAACAGAAUUUUCACAGCACAAUGCAAUUGCAAUGCAGCAUUGCCCCCUUUAUAGCUCCUCUACUGUGGCACACAGGGAGAAAGGAUUAUAUACGGCUCUAUGAUUGCCCCCUGGUGGCCAUUAAGUGUUUACUACCACAAAACAUGCUACAUCUUCCAUGUAAGGUCAACCAAUGGAUUUCUGAAUUCACUUUAUUACAUGAUCCUUGAAGAGGGUGAAGAAAUACGAAAGAAUAACAAAGCUCCAAAUAAGAUGCACUUGUUUUCAAUUUUGAACAAAUGGUACGCAGGAAGUAUUUAUAGGGAUGAAUACUAUUUUCUUGACUGUAGUAGUUUGUAGUGUAAAUUAUAGAGCUAAAACAUGAACGAGUAUUAAUCAACACCAGGACUGGCUCCUGCUGGAAGGUACAUAAUUACACUGAAGAUUAUUAAUAGGAUAGGUAGUAGUGUAGUUAACUAUAUAUAUUCAUAAAAUAGACCUAUCUGUGGAGAGAACCUGAGAGAGGACUUUUGCAUAUUAUUUGAAACUGAACUGUUGGAUAUCCAGUGUUUUCCCUUUUGAGCUACUAUAAUAUUCGUUUGUUUGGUUUCGUGCUCACUUUCAUCUAAGAAGUCUGCUCAGUAAGUAAAGGUAGAACGCAUAAGCUUGUGCUUUCGGAUUUGCUGGUGAAGAUACCAAAUGAUAUUUUUUAUGUCUUCACUUCUCAUUCUUGAACAUACAAAGAGUUUCAUUCCAAAAUGCUUUAUAUAGGCGAUUCUAUGGAACUGAAUCAAAUUCAGAAUAAAAAAAAAUAAAAAUUUAAUUUCAGACUAAAAUCUUUUCGCUUUGAGUGACCCUAUAGCUUAUUUAUGUUUUUUUAAAAUGAAAAUAAAUGAUUGAACAUUAACUUUAUUCACUACAGAAACUUUACCAAGUAUUAGCUGAUUUUGAGCAGAACUGAAACCCAAAAUCUUACUACUUUUUAUUAAAACAUUUCUGGAUAUUUUGCAGAAAAUGUGUUUCAGUAGUGACGAUUCUUAAUGUAAUGAUUCUUAAUGACUUUGGGAGCCAAUUACUUCAAAACAAAAAGAUCUAAUGUUGCCUGCUCUAAAAUGCAGGAGUGUGGCUAAACUAAGUCCUGCCUGUGGACAAAAACUGUUUGUGUUUCAUUAAUGAUAUGAAGACAUGGGAUAGCAUUUUUAAAAUAAAGUUUCUUUUCAUUUAAAAUAAAUCAAAUCAAAUUCAGAAUUAGAACAAAAAAAUUGUAUACUUUAAUUUUUCAUUUCAGACUGAAAUCCUUUUGCUUUGAAUAACCUUACAGCUUACUCAUGUUUAUUUCAUUAAAAUAAAUGACCGAGCAUUACAUUUUGUCAGUACCGAAACAAUCACAACACUACUGAAAACUGACCAAAUGUUAGCUAAUUUUGAGCAGAGCUAAAACAUGCAAAACAAUAUAUACAUUUUUUCAUUAAAAACAUACUUUUUCCAGAAAAUAUGUGUUUCGGUAGUGACAGUACUUAAUGUCACACAUUGAUUUUCAGACUUUGGGACACAUUUACUUCAAAGCAAUGGAAUCUAAUGUUGCCAUGAGGAAUGCGGUCUCCCAUUUUUUUAAUAAAUAAAGAAUAAAAUAAUAAAGUUUCUUUUAAUUUAAAUAAUAAUCUUUCAACUUUAAAAGAAAUCAAAAUGAUCUUUAAAAACAGAAAAAAAUACAAAAAGAUUUAAGUAUUAUUACAGGUUGAAAUGUGGGGGUUUGGGACAGCCACCUCCCAAUUUUGUAUAUAUUUAUCUUGUUACUAUGUCAAUUAAUUAAUUUAUUAAUCAUAAUAUACCAUCAUUGACCUUUAUUUGAAGUCCACUCCCAACAACAUAUAUGAUAUCAUAAAAAAUACAAUUCUUGAAAGUGGUCUAUAAUGACCUUUGUAAUGAAACUCUUUAUAUUCUCUCUCUCUCUCUCUCUCUCUUUCUCUCUCCAAACCUUCUCUUAUCAUUCUGCUUCUUGUUUGCUUACCUUAUUAUCUCAGGUGCCUAUUAUUAUUAUUAUUAUUGUUAUUAUUAUAUAAUUACAUUGUUAUUACAUAUGAUUAUUAUACAUUGUUAUAUUACUAUACCUUUAUUUGGCCCUGUACCAGAGAUUGUUUAUGCUAUAGGAAGAUAAACACAGGCCAUGAUUACAGUAUGAGUUGUUGUAGCUGGAAUGAUGAGAUUUUGUUCCUGAAAGUGCUCAAAACCAUGUCAUUCUCUUCAGCUUCUGAAUAAAAGAAAAGGAUAAAUGUUGUCAGUUGGCAGUUGAAAUAAAGCCAUGGUGCAAGAGCAGAAGGGAA